GGUGACCUGCGACCUGUGUUUGCGUUCCCUCCAGACUUUGGUAUUUUGAGGCUCCCCAAUUGGAAACAUGCCAAUUCGAAAUAUUUCCAGGGCAGUGCUGCUGACUCCCUUGUAGCUGGCAAACCCGAUGGAUCCUCACCCAGAACCAUGGAGCCCAACCGUAGCACCGGGGGUCAAGCCCCACAAAACGUGUCCCCGAGGGUCUGCAGCGCAGGGAAAGAGACAGGGGACAGCCUUGACCUCCUCUCCAAGCACUCCUUGGUCAACCAUCAGUUGAAUUUUCUCCCCAAAGAGUCCCAAACCUGCACUGAUUUGAACUCCGUUGCCCAGAAACCGAGGCUCGAGCGGACCUCGUCUCUUGACGAACUCAUCUGGCGGCGGCGGCGACUCUUCAGGAUGAGCCAGGACAGUUUGCGGGACCCCGCCAGGAUGGGCUCCUUGAACGGCUCCCUCGAGGACUCCCAGGGCCGGUUGCCUACUCCCCGGCCCACCCAGCCACCUCCUCUACCGGAGCUGGAGGGCUCCUUCUCGGCACUGAGGACAACUAAUAGGAUCGACCCGGAUUCCGGGGAUUACCACCGGCUUUGCUCCGGGGCCUCCUUUCCGAGAGCGAGCAGCAGCUGGAGUGACAGCCAGCUCCACAGCCGAGGAGGGAUGGUGUGCGACGGCUACGGCGCCUCCUCCUCCUCCGCCGCCUCCAUGAAGUCCUCCUUCAGCCUGCUGACCCCCAUCCGCGUCAGGGAUGUGCGGAACAGAAGUUAUUUGGAAGGCAGCCUUCUUGCCAGCGGGGCCCUUUUGGGAGCGGAAGAACUCAACCGGUAUUUCCCCGACCGUCGCAUCGGCAUCUUUGUGGCCACAUGGAACAUGCAGGGACAGAAGGAGCUGCCAGAGGUGCUGGACGACUUCCUUUUGCCCUCGGAGCCUGACUAUGCCCAGGACAUGUAUGUCAUAGGGAUCCAGGAAGGCUGUCCGGACAGGCGCGAGUGGGAGAUCCGCUUGCAGGAGACGCUGGGCCCGCAUUACGUCCUGUUCUACGCCGCAGCCCAUGGCGUUCUUUACCUGUCUGUCUUCCUGAGGAGAGACCUCAUCUGGUUCUGCUCAGAGGUGGAAUUUGCCACAGUGACAACCCGCAUUGUGUCCCAAAUCAAAACGAAAGGGGCCCUCGGCGUUUGCUUCACUUUCUUCGGCACGUCCUUCCUUUUCAUCACAUCCCAUUUCACGUCGGGAGAUGGCAAAGUGUAUGAGAGGGUCCUGGAUUACAACAAGACCAUCCAGGCGCUCGCUCUGCCCAAAAACCUUCCCGACACCAACCCAUAUCGCUCCAGUUCGGGGGACGUCACGACCCGCUUCGACAAUGUCUUCUGGUUCGGGGACUUCAACUUCCGCCUGAACGAGAACCGGGAGGCCGUGGAGCAGAUCCUCAGCCAGGGCCCCAAAGCAGACAUAGCCAAGCUGCUGGAGUACGACCAGCUCUUGAAGGAAAUGGACAAGGGUUCCAUCUUCAAGGGGUUCCAAGAGGCGCCCAUCCUUUUCCGCCCUUCGUACAAGUUUGAUGUCGGGCUGGACUCCUACGACUCGACCUCCAAGCAGAGGACGCCCUCGUAUACGGACCGUGUCAUCCACCGAAGCCGCCACAAGGACGACAUCCAUGCCGUGAAAUACUCCUCCUGCCUUGGCAUCAAGACCUCCGACCACCGUCCAGUCUAUGGGCUGUUUCGGGUCAGAAUCAGACCCGGAAGAGACAACAUCCCGUUGGCCGCGGGGCUGUUUGACCGCGAGCUCUAUUUGAUCGGCAUCAAGAGGCGCAUCACCAGGGAGCUCCAGAAGAAGCAGGCCUUAAAGAACCAGAAAACCAGCGCCGUCUGUUCAGUUUCCUGACCUUCAUGGUAGGGAAAAACAAAAGAGAGGAUUUAUUUCGAGGCCGAGCUUAGAAGACGGGCCUCGGUGAUCGGUGGGGUUUGAUCCCGAAGACAGGUUUGCAUUCCUUAAAAUGUUUGCUUUGGGGAGGAAAGAAAAGAUAGUUCUGUCUCCUCAAAUAUGCCUUUUGGAUGCCUAUUAGUUGCAUCUCUAAACUUCCAUCCCAAUCCGACUUGGGAUGAUGGUUUCCCCAUUGACUUAAGUAUCGGGUCCAUUCACGGACAAGACGGCUUGCAGAAUUCGUAGAGGUUUUCUUGAUAGAAGUGAUUCUGUGUGUUAUCGAGGGUUGUUGUAUGUUUUCCGGGCUGUCUGGCCAUGUUCCAGAAGCAUUCUCUCCUGACGUUUCGCCCACAUCUAUGGCAGGCAUCCUCAGAGGUUGGGAGGUAAUAAUAAUAAUAAUAAUUAUUUAUUUAUAUACCGCCCUAUCUCCCGGAUGGGACUCAGGGCGGUUUCCGAUGAGAACAACACAAACAUUACAUAACAAUAUAAUAACACAUUAGCUCUGAGCAUGCCUGCCAUAGAUGUGGGCGAAACAUCAGGAGAGAAUACUUCUGGAACAUGGCCAUACAGCCCGGAAAACAUACAACAACCCAGAAGUGAUUUUAAUUAUUGACAACGGACUUGUUUCUCUCUCAAAGCAAUGUUUUCAAGGAUGGGAUCCAAUUUGUGGCCAUUUCUCUUAAUGCCUUUGACUCAGGCUUGUUUGUGUCCUUUGAACGUAUAAAAAGAGGAGCCAUGUUCUUCAAA